UACGAUCCUCUAGUGAUACCAGUUGAUAAUUCCUUGAACUCUUAUCAAUCAUGGCAUGGUUAUCAAGUGGGCGCACCAAUGUUGAACUUAUUGAGAACAUGAAAAGCUCUGGCUUAAUUCACUCUUCUCGGGUGGCAGCUGCUAUGAUGAAGGUGGAUAGAAAACACUAUGUACCACUUCGUACAUUUGCCUAUGAGGAUUCCCCUCAGAAAAUCGGAUUUGGAGCAACUAUAUCCGCUCCUCACAUGCAUGCUCAUGCAUGUGAAAACCUCCUUGAGCUCCUGCCUCAGACCCAGAAUGGUGGGGAAGAGCCUCCUCGGAUCUUGGAUGUGGGAAGCGGAUCUGGUUACUUGACGGCCGUCUUUCACUAUCUAUCACCCAAGUCUCUAGUUGUUGGCAUAGAUCAUAUUCAAGGUCUGGUAUCUCAAUCGAUACGCAACCUUGCCGAUGAUGGAGUCAAAGUCCUCGACAAGCAUAAUGUUGAAGGCGGGGGGGUUCUGAUGCUUUGCGGUGAUGGGCGAAAAGGAUCAAAAGAAUAUGCUCCCUUCACGGUCAUUCACGUUGGAGCAGCUGCUCCAGAAUUUCCUGACGAGUUGGUAGACCAACUAGCCAAGCCUGGGAGGAUGUUUAUUCCUGUUGGAAAAGGAUCACAAGAUGUGUGGCAAGUCGACAAGUCAGCUAACGGUGACGUGACCAAGAAGAAACUGUUUGGAGUCAUGUAUGUUCCCCUUACGGAUGCUGACAAGCAAUGGCAAGAAUGAUCAUUAAAUGUGUGCGGCCAUUGAAUAUCUUACGGCAUGAUACAAAACAUGUAUCAAUUUUUUUGUUAAUCAGCACUUCUUAUGGAGAUGGAGACGCCUGGUUGGGAUUACGGUAUACAUACCGUGGAGCCAUAUACAUGGAAACAAACCU